GGCCAAUGACCCACCCUUUAACAACAUAAAGUUGUGGUCAAAUGGUUUUGGCCAGCGUCGCACGGGGGAGCUUUGUUCUGCUUGGAGAACUUGGCUUUGGCUCACACAAUUUUGAGGAAUUUUUCUUUGGAAGUGUUUUAGAGUGUGUGUGGAGGGGGCAAGGGAAGGACAAAUACAUUUCUUUUGAGGCAGGCACCAAAAGAAAUCAUUGUUCUAAGUAAGCAUCGGUGUGGGUCAGCAGGACCAGAGAACUGAGACGGCCGCUACGGUCCCGGCUGUUAUAUUUCCCUUCCCUGCCCCUGAGGACCACAGCCCCAGAGGGGUGCGAUGUCUGCACAAGGCUGAUUUAUUGACGUAACUAUGCAGUUACAUCAUUCUUCCCAGCUCCCCCCAUACUUGGAUCCCGCCCCGUGAGCAUCGGAGUGGGAAGCUUUUACAGUCAUGUUUUGCUCCCUUACACAAAAGCAUUCCAGGAACAGGGUGUUCAAAACUCAGUCCCUAUGCAUGCGAGUGGCUUCUGCCAGAAAUCAAGUGAGGUUAGUAACUAAACAAGCUGCAUUAUUCACUGCAGCAGCAAUCUCAUCUCUAGGGACAACUAAAGCUCUUUUCUUUAUCCUGACAUUAGCAUUAACCUCCUGAGGCUGGAGUUCCUGAGUAAACUUUUCUCUUUUCUCUGCUGUUCCUCAGCAGAUCAUUUUCAGGUGGGUGCGAUUUGAUGAAACAAAUAAUAAUGAAGUGAAGUUCUUCCUGGGAUGAGAGCAAAACUUAGGGAGAGGUAUACCUGAGUGGGACACUCUAGCUGUAUUAGAGUAUGUUUCCAGGGGCACAGAGUCUCUUUCUGUCCUAAGGUAACUUCAAUAACAGAACAUAGAAUUACAAUUCAAGAUAAGUAAUAGAAGUGUACUUGGAGUUCAUCAAAGGUUCAGAAUCUAUAACCAAAGACUGUGGCCUCACUUUUAUCCAUUGAAAAGGUAACAGUAGUCGAGGAUGUCAUUCCCCUGGCGAAUAUGCUGCAAUAAAAAAUCCAAAACUAAAAAAGGAAAUGCUGAAAUGGACAACAUGGCAGACACAAGUGAAAAAAUGCAGAUGAAAAAAGAAAUCACGUUACAAAAUGGAGUUUCUUUAAUUAUAGGGAAGGUGAUUGGCUGUGGGAUAUUUGUAUCACCCAGAGGUGUUUUAAUGUACGGUGCCUCCUAUGGACUCUCACUAGUCAUCUGGGCACUUGGUGGGAUAUUUUCAGUGUUUGGAGCUUUGUGUUACGCUGAAUUGGGAACAUCCAUUGUUAAAUCUGGAGCACGUUAUGCCUAUAUACUGGAAGCAUUUGGUUCCUUUGUAGCCUUCAUCGAACUGUGGUCUUCCUUGCUAAUUAUCGAACCAACUACCCAGGCAGUGAUAGCAAUCACCUUUGCUAACUAUAUUGUUCAACCAAUUUUUCCUCAAUGUGAGCCGCCGUACGAUGCAGUCAGGUUGAUUGCAGCUGCUUGUAUUUGUUCCUUAACUUUUAUUAAUUGUGUUAAUGUGAAGUGGGCUUCCCAUGUCCAAGUUAUUUUCACAUAUGCAAAAGUUAUGGCUCUCAUCUUGGUGAUAUCUGUUGGCCUCUACAAAAUUGGUAAAGGAGAAACAGAAAACCUGAGCGCUCCAUUCGAGGGCUCAGCAACAGAUCCAGGGAUGAUCACGCUGGCUCUCUACUCUGCCCUCUACUCAUACGCGGGAUGGGACACACUCAACUACGUCACUGAGGAAAUGCAGAACCCUGAGAGGAAUCUACCUCUUUCUAUUGCAAUUUCAAUGCCUAUUGUGACUGUUAUUUACUUGCUGACUAACAUAGCGUACUACGUAGUGUUGGACAUGUCAGCUCUCCUCACGAGCGAUGCAGUGGCCGUGACGUUUGGCGGUGAAACCCUCAGUUAUGUGAAGUGGAUAAUUCCUAUAGCAGCGGCCAUGUCUUGCUGCAGUGCCUUAAACGCAUCAAUAAUUGCAUCAUCUAGGCUUUUUUAUGUUGGGGCCAGGGAAGGACACCUCCCGGACAGUCUGAGCUUGAUUCAUGUGAAGCGCCUCACACCAGUCCCUGCUCUCCUCUUCAAUGGCUUAAUGACUUUGCUUUAUCUCCUUGUGGAAGAUGUUUUCCUCCUCAUUAAUUACUACUGCUUCAACUACUGGCUCUUUGUGGGUCUCUCCGUUGCAGGACUGAUAUAUUUGAGAUAUACUCAGCCGCAUAGACCACGGCCUAUUAAACUUAACCUCUUCUUCCCUAUAGUAUACUGUAUAUGUUCCCUUCUGCUGGUCAUAGUUCCUCUCUACAGUGACACAAUCAACUCCCUUAUUAGCAUCGGUGUUGCCCUCUCAGGCAUUCCUGCAUAUUAUUUGGGAGUCCAUCUGCCAGCUGAAAAACGACCUAAAUGUCUACAGUGGCUCUCUGUUACAACAACAAAAUACGUUCAGAUGCUCUUCUACUGUGCUCUGUCGGAUCUGGACAUAGACGUGGAACCUACAGCAGCUAAGAGUAAAUAGAGUUCCCUUGACAUCGAGAGUUGCACCUUGACGUUACCUAUCCGGAGCAAUUUUUGUCAUCUGAAGUUCUCCCCACGUGCUCAGUCAUGCUAAAGCACUAACCAUUGUACUACACAUCAGUUCAAUGCCUGUUGAUUUGUGCUUGUUUUAUAAACCACUCUGUUUUCCAGGUUUGGGGGUUUUUUUCUGUCUGUUUGUUAAUAGUGAGUUAUCAUGUAACUCUUUGAAACUAUAAAGCACUGUAUGAACAAACAUUGCUUGGUAGAUAAGUGCUAAAUAUUAGACUAAUGGCAAAAUUGUUAUGAAAAUCAUUAGGUCUAGUCACAAUCCUAAGAAAUAAAUUGAUAAACAUAACAAAAGACAGACCAGAUAUUUGCAAGGUCAAAACCUGAGUUGGGAAGUAGAAGCCACUAGUAUACUUCUAAAAAUAUAACCAAAUCCUUAGCAAAAGUAAAAAAAAAUGUAAUUCAAACUGGUGGACAUGCUUUGAGUCAAGGUCAUGUUAGUGGCAAACUAGUCUAAUGCAUAAUUGCUGGCAGACAUAUUGUAUCAGAAGGAUAAACCCAAAGUUUUUGGUCAUUUAAAUUCUGUUAGAAUAUCCCACAUUCAUUACCCUUUUGCAGGAGAGGUAUUUUCAAUGAACAAAUUAUACCACAGUAACGGAAGUACUUUUGCUUUCCAGCAGAACAACCUGCGUGGAGCGCUAUAACGAACUGAGUCAUGCUCCUGCUAGACUGUACUCAGGGAAAACACUUCACCUUUCCAUAUUGCCCAUGGUUUGGUAGAAGUAUAAAAGGUGGGACCCCAUGAAUCAUAUUAAUUUUUUCCACAGUGGAACUUAGUUAAGGAAUUCACAAGGAAAAAACAAAAACUAUUGAUGUUUACAAAAUAUCUUGAGCUGCUGCCCAACCCUUCAUGCCUCACAAGUUCCUGCUGGCAAGGUAACUCGCAGGUCUCCUACUGAGCAUGCAGUGAGCCUCCGGCAUCAGCUGACUGGACUUCAUGUCACGUAGCUGGUCCCUGUUGCACAAUAGCCAGCACAGGCGCGUGCACUGGACAAGGAAACUCUCCAGUGGGUGCCAUGAAAGCAAAGGGCAGUUAAGAAUUAGGAUUGUUCUCUUGAGCAUUAAGUUUUUUAGUGUGGCAUGUGGGAAUCUGCAACUAGUCUGAAUUUUUAGUCUCCUGAAAUGGAAGGGACAAUAACUAUCAUUAGAAAAAAGCCGUCAGCCUUGCAACCUAGGCCAUAAAAGCAGCCCCUGCAGCUCCAAUAUGCUUUGUUGAAAUGUAGUACCAUUUGUUAUCCUUAUUGGCAAGCUAUACUUCCUUUCUGUAAUUAUCCUGAACAUAUUAGAAUACAACAUACAUUAUUUCCUUUUUGAGUUUCUUCGUUCAUAUUCAAUUAACCCCAAGUUAAUCUUACACAAGUCCCUGUAGCUUCUAGCAUCACUGCCUUUUAUUGAUGUCUGCCCAGAGAAAGAGCAAUGGUGUAGGGAAGAAGGCAACCGUCGCUACUUAGACCUCUCUUCGUUCCCUCCCCUCAUUGUAAGGUCGUUUGCAGGAGGGUACUUUUGUGCAUCUCCAACACAGUGCUCGCUGGCAGGGCUCCUGUGAAACCUUCUGUUUGCAUUUCAAUUGCGUCUGCCGUGGCAGUUUUCUUUCAGUGGGGUUUUCUUCGGACACAAAACAGGAACAAUAAAAAUGCACUAAAUUAAGGUAAAAACAAAGAUAUUAGAGGUGCUUCUUCCGCUUUUUGGAAGCCACCGUUUUUGAGCACUAAAAUCUCUCAAUUAUCACAAUCAGAAGACACGGAGCGGAAAGAAGACCUAGGGUGUAGUUUAGGUUGCCCAGCCCAGAACAUCCCCAUGUGCUCUUCACACAAACAACACACGCCUCUGUUACGGUAUAGCACCAUUUUGAUCCUGCUUUUGUAACGACUGUAUGUGCAAAUACUGCAUUUUCGCACCAUCUCUUCCAAAGCUUUGGUUAACAACGGAGCCGCGGUCCCAGACCGUAUCAGGGCACAGAGGGAGUACAAACCCAGAAAUCAGCACCAAGCUAAACGUGACAGUCGUUCUCUCCAAGAGUUCAAAGUCAGGCUUGGUGCUGAGCUAGGUGUCACAGCAAGGCGCUGUACCAUCCUCUGAAGUUUCUCCUUGCAGGACCAGAGUUCCUAAGGGAUUUGAGACACCUGAGGUGACAUCUCGGGUGCUAACAGGUAGCAGGCACUGCAGGUAAUGUAAUAAGGCUCUGGACUAAGACCAUUUCCACAGAGAAUUCUGAGCUGAGAAACUCCUUCCUCUGUCUGCUCUUUGCCAAAAUCUGUUUUUACAUGAAUGCAUUAACUUUCUGGGCAUGAGGCACAAGCCUUUGUUUUCCUUCUUUCUGGACAGAAGGAAAGUAGCAGUCAGAUGCGAGGUUAUAAAUGUGACUGAUGUUACUCAAAUUCUCUGCGGGCAUCAGAAUCUCAGAAAUUUUAAUGUGUUUGUUGAUUUUUCACUCCUUACAAUUAAGACGUGUAAGUUAUUGACAAAUAUCUGAAGCAAGUCGUAGAUGCUGAAGCAUUUCAAUAAAUAAACAUAUGAUCCUUGGCAAA